GCGGAUCAUGGGCCUUUCGGCGGAGGCACGAAUCAAAACACCAAGGUCGAGGCGUGCGCCUUGUGGGUGAAGCGGAUGACGGAGACCGAGUUUUUGAACAUUCAAGAGCAAAUGAUGUAUGACCGGUCAGUGUUGCUAGACGAGGAUCGUGCGCACUGCGAGCACGAUAUUCCACAGUGCGCUGAAGAACUAAUGCAACAAGCGGCCAUUACCACGCGCAGCAUCUUUGCCCAGGGCUAA